CAACCAAAGUUUUUUUAUCUCAAGAACAAGAAAAUGCUAAAAUUGAUGUUGGCUUGUUGCAAAGUGUACAUAUCAGAAAGCAGAAACAGGGGAGCUCUUGAAUCAAUUGAAAAAGCUGUCAAAUUGUUUCCAGAAUCCCCCAUUAUCAACAAAUUUGAAGAUGAGAUUUACAACAGAGUUGGAUAUACCCUUGUUUCCAAAAUUUCUCCCAAUUCUUCAUCUGGGUCUUGUUCCUUACCCUUAAAGAAUGCAUCUUUUGCUAUGGUGAAAGCUGCAUUUGAGACAAUUGAUCUUCAAGAACAUUGUGGAACUCAUCCUAGGCUUGGGGUUGUAGACCAUAUUUGUUUCCAUCCCUUGGGUACAACUUCUUUGGACCUGGUUGCUGACACUGCUAAGUCUUUGGCAUUUGAAGUUGGUUCUAAUCUUAAAGUUCCAACCUUCUUAUAUGGAGCAGCACAGCAAGAGGGAAGGUCACUUGAUUCAAUCAGAAGGGAGUUGGGAUAUUUCCAUCCUAAUUCAAGUGAGAACCAGUGGAUAGGUGGGACAAAAUUAGAGACGUUGCAACUAAAGCCUGACGAGGGUCCUGCUCACGCGACUCAAGCAAAAGGUGUUAUUACAAUUGGAGCUACAAGGUGGGUUGACAACUAUAACAUUCCAGUCUUCACAAAUGACAUAUCCAUUGUUCGUAAAAUUGCAAAGAGAGUCAGUGGCAGAGGAGGUGGACUUCCAUCAGUUCAAUCCAUGGCGCUAACUCACGGAGGUGGGACAAUUGAGGUUGCUUGCAACUUACUAGAACCUGCUAGAAUUGGUGGUAACCAAGUGCAGCUUGAAGUUGAGCGACUUGCUAGGGAAGAAGGUAUUUCUGUGGGGAAAGGAUACUAUACCGAUCUCUCAGAAGAAAAAAUAAUCGAACGUUACUUGAAACUAGUUCAACAUUCUGACUAGAGA